GAGUCAGACUAUGACAACUUCCUCCACUCCGCACACCCGCAUUUCUUUUAUUGUUUCCCUAAACUUGCAAUCGCUACAGUUGUGUUGCUGUACCUUUAAACCAGCGAGCAGCAUCUGUUUCGCAGUGACAGGGCUUGAGUAUAACCAGACGAUGGCAUUUUCCAAACCCAUGUGGCAUUGUGUCACUUGUGAGAAAAUAACGCGAUGAUGGUAUCGUCGCUGCUGUUCCUAAGGCGCUUUCUGUGACUGUCUACUCCCCCGCAUUGCAUGCAAUGGAUUCUGUGUCGACAUGAAGUUCGUCUGGGAAUGAUAUUAGACCUCAAUGCGUUUACUCGUCGCAAUGCUGUGGUGCGGUGCGGUGUACCAUCGAUGAGGAUUUGAUAACUGUGGGCAGAACGAAGACGAAUACACCGACAUCAUGUCUGAUCGGAAUUACUGGACUGUGUGUCCGAGUUAUAAAAGUCAGUUCGUUUCAGGAGGCUUAGUCAAACGACCCAAAAGUAACCGGAACAAGAGGAAGAGUCUGGCUCCCUCACCUACUCUAUCAAGACCGCUCUCACCCCUUCCUUUCCCAACUGGCAGCAGUCCACUGGACAGUCCCAGAAAUGUCUCCAGCAGUCCUUCGGUCAAUUUCCCGUUCAUACGGAGACCGGACACACGAAGGUGGUCUGUGGCGUCUGUCUCGUCUGGAUAUGGAACCAAUCCACCCAGUUCUGCUGUUUCAUCUUCCUCCUCCUCUCAGGAGCUCCUGCACCAGCUGCCCUCUCAGCCCACCCCAGAUGACCUCCAUCGCCUCUUCAAGCAUUUCAGGAGUUCAGAGAGUGUGACAGAUGAGGAUGGACAGCCCUCUAUCUUCCGUGCUCGCUCACGAAGUCUUAGUCCUGGGCGGACAUGUGGCUCCUUUGAUAACGAGAUUGUGAUGAUGAAUCACGUCUACAAAGAACGGUUUCCAAAGGCCACGGCUCAGAUGGAGGGGCGUUUGCUGUCAGUGAUUGCAGACUAUUCCCCAGACAGCGCUCCCCCUCUUGCUGAUGGAGUGCUGGGCUUCAUUCAACACCAGCUGGUCGAGCUCGUCCGAGACUGUCUGGAGAAGUCCAGAAAGGGGCUUAUCACAUCCGGCUACUUUGUGGAACUUCAGGAAAAAUUAGAAAAUUUUCUACAUGAGGCAUAUGAUCGGUCUGAGAGUGAGGAAGUGACUGUUAUUGCCAAACUCGUGAAGAAGAUUCUCAUCAUUAUUUCCAGGCCAGCAAGACUUCUGGAAUGUCUGGAGUUUGAUCCUGAGGAGUUUUAUCAACGUCUUGAAGUUGCCGAAGGCCAUGCAAAAGUUGACCAGGGGAUCAAGACUGACAUCCCCCGAUACAUCAUCAGCCAACUGGGUCUCACACGAGACCCCCUGGAGGAAAUGGUGCAGCUUGAGCAUAAUAACUCAGGCGGCCCAAGCAGAGAACUGGAUGACACUGCAGAGAAUCGUCUUGGAACCACAACACCUCGAAGAAAACCUCUGGAAAGAGAUUUUGAGACCAUAAAGCUCAUCAGCAAUGGGGCUUAUGGGGCUGUGUACCUGGUAAGGCACCGUGGGACACGGCAGAGGUUUGCCAUGAAGAAGAUCAACCGGCAGAACUUGAUCCUGAGGAACCAGAUCCAGCAGGUGUUUGUGGAGCGGGACAUUCUGACGUUUGCAGAGAAUCCUUUUGUGGUCAGCAUGUUCUGCUCUUUUGAGACAAGACGGCACCUCUGCAUGGUCAUGGAGUAUGUGGAGGGUGGAGACUGUGCAAAUUUGCUGAAGAAUAUGGGUCCCUUGCCGGUGGACAUGACCAGAAUGUACUUUGCAGAGACAGUUCUGGCACUAGAGUAUCUUCAUAAUUAUGGUAUCGUGCACAGGGAUCUCAAACCUGACAACCUACUCAUUACAUCAAUGGGGCACAUUAAACUGACUGACUUUGGUUUGUCUAAAAUCGGUUUAAUGAAUAUGACCACAAACCUGUAUGAGGAGCACAUGGAGAAAGACACAAGAGAGUUCAUUGAUAAACAGGUCUGUGGCACUCCAGAGUACAUUGCACCAGAGGUGAUCCUGAGGCAAGGUUAUGGGAAACCUGUGGAUUGGUGGGCCAUGGGCAUUAUCCUGUAUGAGUUCCUGGUGGGUUGUGUGCCAUUCUUUGGAGACACACCAGAAGAGCUCUUUGGCCAGGUGGUCAGUGAUGAAAUCGAGUGGCCAGAGGGUGAUGAUUCGUUACCUGUGGAGUCUCAAGACCUAAUCACAAAACUGUUGAGACAAAGUCCCUUGGAGCGCUUGGGAACAGGAGGGGCAGCAGAGGUCAAACAUCACGUCUUCUUCCAUGGUCUGGACUGGAGUGGACUGCUAAGGCAAAAAGCUGAGUUCAUUCCACAGCUUGAAACUGAAGACGACACAAGCUACUUCGACACACGCUCUGACCGUUACCAACACUCUGAGGAGGACGAUGAGACAAACGACGAUGAAUCUUAUCAGGAUAUCAAGUUCUCUUCCUGCUCGCAUCGCUUCAGCAAGGUGUACAGUAGCUCUGAGCAGCUGGCUUCUCCCUCUAACUUGAGCCUGUCCUCCUCUGAGCGGAGCUGCAGUGAGGAGAAGGAGGACCGAUGGGAUGGUCAUUCAUUGCUGUCUCCAGUAGAAACCCCCAGACAGCUUUUAAGUAGCGACAGGAAGCAGGAUGCCCACAGGUGGAGUCCAAGUCCGAGGCCGAGAGCAUCAUCCAGUUCAUCUCAGCCUGAUAGGGGCAGUAGUCCUCUUAUUUUAAACAGCACUCAGAGCCUGGAGGCCAUGCCACACUUCGCCUUUCCUGAGGAUGAGGAAGGUCUUGUCUCAAAUCUCCAGCGAAUUCGUCUACGCAGCAAUUCCACUGGAACAAGACCUACUAAUCGCAGGGACCACAAGGGUCCACGUCGCCUCGGGCUCCAGCAGGAGACCCCAGAGAAGCCACGAUCACCAUUUACAUGCAAAGUCCCCAAGUCUGCCUCCGUGUCUGGCCUUUCCCUCAUCGUCACAGCAGAUGACAUCCCUGGUGGGCUCCAGACAAGCCCUAUGUCUUCACACUCCCUCUCAUCCAACCCUUCAUCUCGGGACUCUUCCCCCAACCGUGACCUCUCUCUCAGCGUAAGCAGUCUUCGUCCUCCUGUGGUCAUCCACAGCUCUGGGAGGAAGUACGGCUUUGCGCUCCGUGCCAUUCGGGUCUACAUGGGCGACACAGAUGUCUACACAGUGCACCACAUAGUCUGGAGCGUUGAAGACGGCAGCCCUGCUCACGAGGCCGGACUGAGGGCUGGUGACCUCAUCACUCAUGUGAAUGGAGAGUGUAUCCAGGGUCUAGUGCACACGGAAGUGGUGGAGCUUCUGCUGAAGAGUGGCAGUAAAGUGACUCUGCAGACGACUCCUCUUGAGAAUACAUCCAUUAAAACCGGGCCCGCGAGAAAGACCAGUUCAAAGGGGAAAAUGGCACGACGCAGUAAAAAGAGCAAAAGGAAAGAUUGUCAAGACAGCAAACGGCGUAACCCUUUGAAGAAGCUGCCCAAACACAGUCCAGGGAUUCAGAACAGUCGCAGUUUCUCAGCGGGGUUUCAACACUCUCCUAACGACAGCCUGUCUGACUCUCCAACUCCAAGCCUGUCUCCUGGGCCCAACACCCCAUGCAGAAGCCCAGCUCCGGACCUGUCAUGUGAUUCAAACUCUCCACAGAGUUCCUCACCCUGCUCAAGCUCUCCAAAUUCACCCAUCCCUCAAAGUCGACCAAGUUCCCUUCACGUUUUGGGAUCCAAGAUUGGCCUUCGCUAUAGCAAAGCAGGCCGCUGCAAGUCCAGCAACAGUAUUCCCCCCUCUCCCCUUGCCUGCAAUCCCUCCUCUCAGCCUCUGUCUCCGCAGUGUUCUCCAUCUUCCCUCGCUGGAGUUCCCAAAAGCCUCCACUCAUUUCAUACUAAGAUGAUGUCCCCACCGACCAUCGUGAGACAGACGGUGUGUCCCCGCAGUGCAGAAUCGCCCCGUUCACCACUGCUGAAAAGGGUUCAGUCAUCUGAGAGGCUCUCCGGUGCCCAACAUGGAGACAAAAAGGCCUUCUCCAUUCGAAGACACACUGUGGAGGUUUCUCAGUGUGAGGCUGAAGGGUUUGAGUCACAAGCUAGUGACAUUGCCUCAGGUUUUGUGUGUGUUGGUGACCAUGCUAGACAAGGGUUGUACCUGGCUGGUCAACGAGUGAGGGACUCCGGCGGUGUGGUUAUGAGGAAGCUAAACUUAUCUGAAAGACGAGAUUCAUUUAAAAAGCAGGAAGCCGUUCAAGAGGUCAGCUUUGAUGACUCUGAUGACAAGGAUGUCGCAACAUCUACACCAGUGCCAUCUCAUCCACGUUUCAAAGUGGCAUGGAUCAGCGCAACGCAGGCCGAGGGAAGCUCAGAGAAUUCAGAGAGGAAGACCAAUGAGCUUGGAUCCAGGCUAAAAGAACAGAAGAAACAAGAGGAUGGGUGUUAGCCUUAGAUAUGUCCAGAAAACUGUGAGACUCUGAUGUGCAGGUGCUUCCAUGAUCAUUUGAAACAUACUCAGAGAAAUGACAGGGGUUCAAAGUCUUUGUUUAGUAUCAUUUAUUCAUAAGUUAGAAGUCAUUCACCUGCCAAACUGUUUUAAUGGGAUAGUUCACCCAAAAUGGAGAAUUCUGUUGUUCCUCAUGUUGUUCCAAGCCUGUAUGGUUUUCUUUCUUUUGUGGGACAUAAAAGAAGAUCUUUGGGAAAUUGUCUCAAUGUUGUUUUGGACCCUACUGACUUCCAAAAACUGUUGAAACUUUCUUAAAACAAAAUAUUUCUGUUCCAACGAAGAAAGUUAUACAGGUUUGGGACGCCAUGAGGGUGAGUAAAUGAUGAAUUUUUAUUUUUGAGUGGACUAUCCCAUAAAAUUAGUUUUACCAGGUAACACAGUGAACUUUUGUAGAUUUUGAAAAUUUGUAUUUUCUUUUAUACGAGACGGGAAUAGAAAGGUCAUACAGUAGGAUCGCUUUCUGAGAAUUUGCACAUAUGUGGUCCUGCUGAGGUUCAAUUACUUUUUU